UCUCCGACAACACCAAUUCUCCUUGCAGCCCUGAAGUCCCACCCCUCUGAUCUAGGCGGCGUCUCCGUGGCGACGUGCUGCGAUGUGCGGCUGCGCAGGAUUUGGCUGGGAUCACUCGCUGCACAAGCGGAAAAGACUACCCCCAGUGAAAAGAUCCUUGGUGUACUACCUGAAGAACCGGGAGGUCAGGCUGCAGAGUGAAACCAACUACUCUCGGGUGUUACAUGGUUACGCAGCACAACAACUUCCCAGUCUCCUGAAGGAGAGAGAAUUUCACCUUGGGACCCUUAAUAAAGUGUUUGCUUCUCAGUGGUUGAAUCAUAGGCAAGUGGUGUGUGGCACAAAAUGCAAUACGCUCUUUGUAGUGGAUGUCCAGACAGGCCAGAUCACCAAGAUUCCCAUUCUGAAAGACCGCGAACCUGGAGGUGUGUCUCAGCAGGGUUGUGGUAUCCAUGCAAUAGAGCUGAAUCCUUCUAGAACACUCCUAGCCACUGGAGGAGACAACCCAAACAGCCUCGCCAUCUAUCGGCUGCCUACAUUAGAUCCUGUGUGUGUGGGUGAUGAUGGACACAAGGACUGGAUCUUUUCCAUUGCAUGGAUCAACGAUACUAUGGCAGUGUCUGGCUCACGGGAUGGUUCUAUGGGACUCUGGGAGGUGACAGAUGAUGUAUUGACCAAAAGUGAUGCAAGGCAUAAUGUGUCACCAGUCCCCGUGUACGCUCAUAUCACUCACAAGGCCUUAAAGGAUAUCCCCAAGGAAGAUACAAACCCAGACAACUGCAAGGUGCGGGCGUUAGCCUUCAACAACAAAAACAAGGAGUUGGGAGCCGUAUCACUGGAUGGCUACUUUCAUCUCUGGAAGGCUGAAAAUACAUUGUCUAAGCUCUUUUCCACCAAAUUGCCAUAUUGUCGAGAGAAUGUAUGUCUGGCUUAUGGUAGUGAAUGGUCAGUGUAUGCAGUGGGCUCUCAAGCGCAUGUCUCAUUCUUGGAUCCACGGCAGCCAUCGUCCAACGUCAAGUCUGUCUGCUCCAGGGAGAGAGGCAGUGGGAUCCGAUCAGUGAGCUUCUAUGAACACAUUAUCACUGUGGGCACAGGGCAGGGCUCCCUGCUCUUCUAUGAUAUCCGAGCACAGAGAUUUCUGGAAGAGAGACUCUCAGCUUGUUAUGGGUCUAAGCCCAGGCUCACAGGGGAGAAUCUGAAACUAACUACUGGCAAGGGCUGGCUGAAUCAUGAUGAAACCUGGAGGAAUUACUUUUCGGACAUUGAUUUCUUCCCCAAUGCUGUUUACACCCACUGCUACGACUCGUCCGGAACGAAGCUCUUUGUGGCAGGAGGUCCCCUCCCUUCUGGGCUCCAUGGAAACUAUGCUGGACUGUGGAGUUAAUGACAACUAACUUUCUCCCAAAAUGCAGAUUUACACUAACUUCCACCCUCGGUUUCCUUGUUUGGUCUUUUGAUUCCCCCACUGUGGAAGCUUUCCUGUAUAGUGCAGACAGCAGUUUGCCGUGGCUGGGGCAGUUACUAGGAGGAAGCUAUGCAGAAAUCCAAAAGGUGGGGCUUUUCUUUGGUUGGUUAGUGGUUUGUUGCUUUGGGUUUUUCAUUGGUUUGUUUGGUAGAUGUUUUUGUUGUUUGUUUGCCCUUUCAGUAAUCAGAAUUUUACACACACACACACACACCCGCUUUCUCAACCAGACAUUGUUACAAAUCCCCCCCCCCCCAUUUUUUUUUUUUCCUUAAGUGAUAUACAUCUCCCUUCUCUGGCUUCUUUACACUGAAACGACAAGGUCAUCCUCACCCUUCCUUCACUUGAGAGGUAGGGCCCCUUAUAAUUGUGUGGUAGCUGUCAGACUUUCUGUGAAAGUUUGGGAGCCUUGUGCGUGUGCGUGUGAACUUGUGUGCCUGAUGGUACUGUGUCACUGAUACUACUCAGCGUGAGGAUUAUCUGUAUUAAAGUAUUUAUAAAAGAAACAAUUUUACUCAGAGGCUUUGGGACUAGCCUGUAUCUUUUUAAAAGGCUGACAUUGUAGGAAGUGAAAGCGUAGAGAAACAAAUCCCACCAGGAAAACCUUGAGUUAGAGUAGCAGGCUUGGAGCAGGAGGGUAGGCUCCAUGCCAGGAUUCUAAAGUGAUCCACCCCUGCCUGUCCUUCCUACCUGUGUAUCCCCAAGUAAGAAUGCCUGUGUAUGUGUUGUCCCUUCCUACCUGUGUAUCCCCAAGUAAGAAUGCCUGUGUAUGUGCGUGUGACUUCCUACCUGUGUAUCCCCACGUAAGAAUGUCUGUGUGUGUGUGUGACUUCCACUUCCUAACCUCUUGUCUGCUUAGCCCAGGUGCCUCUUUGGGGACUGCAGAAGGCUUCCUGGUGUAGGUAAAGAGUAUCCUCUUCCAGUCUCCUUCUGCCUCUGCUCCGGGUCUCAUCUGGCCUAGAGCAGGGUGUCUCAAGCUAGACGUGGCUGCCAUUCAUAGUCUCCUAGGACUUCUAGGAGGAACUAUUCCAUUCUUGGGGUUCUGCUGGUAUUUUCUAAUUGGGUUCUGUCUAGGAAGGUAUGAUUUGUAGCGAGUACUUUAUAUGUGGGAUAUGUUUUCUCAAUACAGUGGAGCUUAGCAUUGGAAGUCACCCUCCUGCUCUGUUGGUUCAUACCUGGGGUAGCGACAGGGUGGCUGUGAUAGCGUCACUGCAUGUGACAGCAAAGGUGUGAUUCGUACUUCGCUUGUUCAUCUCUUGAACUUUGUUUAGUCUGAGGCUUUUUAACUUACAGGCAACUGAGCAUCGUGCCAGCUGUUCCCUUUCACACAUCAUGUCGAAAGGAACCUUUCCCUACCCCACCUUCUCUGAAACACGCAGUGCUAUUCUAGCAGUGCCCGGUCCUGAGAAAUGGAGUCAUAGUCCUACAUCCAGUUUCUCAGUUGCUCCCCGUUCUUCCCGUUUUCUCCUUGUGUCAAAAUAGUGUCCUCAUCAUGGCAGGGGUUGCUGGGGAGGGAAGCAGCAGCAAGCCCACUUGAUAGUGUAAGUACACAGCAUAUGCCACAGGUUUUAGAAUAAUCAUCCCAUAAUCUAGAUAAAUAGGUGCUAUGAACAGGAAAUUAAGAAAAAUGCUGGAUGCUAUGAAUCUUUUGUCUCAAUUUUUUUCUAUUAUUAAACUACAAGCUGUAGAUUUCUUAGUUCUCACAGAACUUGUCGUUUUAAAACUGACUUGUAUAUUUACAAAACAAAAAUCUUGAGUAGGAUGCUUUGUGCCGUGGCCAGACCGUCUCCUGUGAUGCGUUUGUUUGAGAUUUUCUGUUUUAAAAAUGUAGCAUUUGACUUUUUGCCAAGGAAAAAUAAAUACUGUCCUAGUGCA